GGGCCCUGAGUCAGGCCCCACCCAGCGCGCUACUAAAGGCGCCCGACAGGCCCUGGGUUUCGCCGGAGUGCAGGCGAACCGAGACCCUGUUUUCAGGGCCGGGCUGCGCCCCUCCGUCCGUUCUAACGCUGGUCCGGCCGCAAGGGGCUGAGUCUGCAGCCCGCAGGGACAGUCGCGCUCCCCCGCCGCUCCCUGUCCCCGCCCCGCGCCCGGCCGGAGGAGCCGCGCCGCGAGCCCGGAGCCUGCAGUGGCCGGCCGAAGUCGAGGUGCGCGUCUCGGCCCCAAGCUCCUGGGUGCAUAUCCCCGGCUGGGGCGGCCGAAGCUCGGGCGUGGUUCUGCGUCGGCGGAGCGGCCCCGGCGGCCUGGGCCCCACCGGAGGAAGAAACCAGCGGAGCCGACGGUCGACGCGGAGCUUUGGAGGACGCCGCGCCCCAAGCCCGGGUGGGGAAACGGAGGUCCGCAGAGGGAGGGAGAGGGAGCGGGCCUGCCAGAGGCCACCGGGCGAGCCGGGGCCAAAGCCCCAAAACUCCGGCCCGGGGAUCUUUGUCUGACCUCGGGCGGACCCCCGCAGAGCUGUCAGGCGUCCCGCGCUCUCAGUGACCCGGGCCGGACCCAGCGCUUUAGAGCCCUUCCCGCACAUCAGGGGCGGUGCGGAUUGCGUCUUGCCACCGCACCAAGCUCCCUGUAGCUGAGGAGGACGCCGAGGCUGUGGUGGAGCGGGCAGGAGAGCGCCUUGCCCAAGGUUACCGCCGAGCGGGUGUUUCCCGGACCCUGGAGACACAGGCUCCGAGCCUGACACCCCUGAGAGAGGUGGGCUAGCACACCCAGACUCCGCUGGUACCCAGGCUCAGAUGCUGCCCACCCAGCGAUGCACUGCCCCAGAAUAGCCCUGGGCCUGGGGUUCUGCCUGCUGGUGGGCAUAGCCCUCUGCUCUCUGUGGGUGUAUGUCGAGAACUGGCUGUCGGUCUCCUAUGUCCCCUAUUAUCUCCCCUGCCCAGAGAUCUUCAACAUGAAGCUGCAGUACAAAGGGGAGAAGCCAUUCCAGCCCGUGACACCGUCACAGUACCCUCAGCCCAAGCUGCUGGAGCAAAAGCCCACAGAGCUCCUGACCCUCACACCCUGGUUGGCGCCCAUUGUCUCCGAGGGAACCUUCGACCCCGAGCUUCUGCAUCGUAUCUACCAGCCGCUGAACCUGACCGUCGGGGUCACGGUGUUUGCCGUGGGGAAGUACACCCAGUUCGUCCAGCACUUCCUGGAGUCAGCCGAGCAGUUCUUCAUGCAGGGGUUCCGGGUGCACUACUAUGUCUUCACUAACGACCCCACGGCCAUUCCUCGGGUCCGGCUGGGCUCCGGCCGCCUCGCCAGCAUCAUCCCCAUCCAGGGGCACUCCCGCUGGGAGGAAAUCUCCACACGCCGGAUGGAGACCAUCAGCCAGCACAUUGUGGAGAGGGCGCACCGGGAGAUCGACUACCUCUUCUGCCUCGAUGUGGACAUGGUGUUCCGGAACCCGUGGGGCCCCGAGACCUUGGGGGACCUGGUAGCUGCCAUUCACCCCGGCUACUUCGCUGUCCCCCGCCAGCAGUUCCCCUACGAGCGCCGGCCUCUUUCCACCGCCUUUGUGGCGGGUGGUGAGGGGGACUUCUAUUAUGGCGGGGCGGUCUUUGGGGGGCGGGUGGCCAGGGUGUACGACUUUACCAGGGGCUGCCACAUGGGCAUCCUGGCAGACAAGGCCAACGGCAUCAUGGCAGCCUGGCAGGAGGAGAGUCACCUGAACCGCCGCUUCAUCUCACAUAAGCCCUCCAAAGUGCUGUCCCCCGAGUACCUCUGGGAUGACAGGAAGCCCCAGCCCCCCAGCCUGAAGCUGAUCCGCUUUUCUACCCUGGACAAGGACACCGACUGGCUGAGAAGCUGACAGCUGAGUCGGGGCUGCCGUGGAUAGGGGGGACCCCAGUGAGCGCCCAGCUCACCGGAGCUUCACUUCUCAAGCCUUAAGUGAGACCAGCCCUGUGCUGUCUACCUCUCAAUCUGCCGGCAGAAUCCAAUGGGAAAAUGGGCCUGUAAAGGCCUUUGGAAACUGUGAAGGGCGGUGUGCAUAUGAGGAGAACGCCAAGAUCACACAGCCUGUGGCCCAAGAACAGCAGGACAGGAGGAGGGGAGACCAGAGGUGGAAGAAGACAGGGCCCGGCAGGCCUCACCCAGCACACGUGCCUUGCGGCGGGCUCUGGAGUCUCAGCCCCGCCCAGUACCUCAAAUUCCCCCUCUGUCCCCCUUCUGUCGCCUGUUGCCCUUAAAGUUGCACUUCUAACACUCGUGUGCAAGGCAUCCGGACCCCUUUUCUCUGGCUGCAGAGGUCCUGGGCGCUGUGAUGUACCCCAGCCACACGGAGCCAAUUCCUCGCCCAGGACCCUGAGUGAGCCUUCGAAAUCGACCAGCUCUAGGCUCUCUCUGGUUUCAUGUCCCACCUCCCUCGAGGUGCACCACACUCCCUGGCACCAACCGCCUCCUUUGUAAGAGGGUUUGGGCAGUUUUUAAUAAAGGUGGCGUGUGCUCGGCC